UUCUGGCAUUGUUUUCUAGAUAUUCAAUGGUUCAUUUGUAUUGCGAUAGAGCUUAUAAUAGAAUAGAUUUUAUUUGUAAUAAAUGUGCAACGAAUUACUUAGUUCGAGCCACGUGAUCGCACGUGCCCCUGCGUCUAUCUUUAUCAGUUACCUGCUAUUCACUUUAUCUACAAGGUUGUGGGAACGAUGGUUUUCUGAAUUGCGUUCGUUCCAUUAUAGAGUACACGUUUCCUCGAUAUAAGUCGAACAUUCGAAGUCAUCCCCCACUCUUGACGUUUCAGUCUGUCUUCUUUUAUCGAGACUCUAGUGGCAGUACCUUCUGCUGUUUGGCCGACGUAACAGACCAGAGAAAUCACUCGGCAAAAUGUAUUCGAAAACUAUUGGAGACCGUCAAGCUACUCAAGAACAUGUUUUGGCUGUUUCAAGAGACUUUAUUGCACAGCCUCGGCUCACAUACAAGACUGUGUCGGGUGUAAAUGGACCCUUGGUCAUAUUGGAUGAAGUUAAAUUUCCAAAGUUUGCUGAGAUCGUUCAGCUGAAGCUUGCCGAUGGAUCUGUGAGAUCCGGUCAAGUCUUAGAAGUGUCUGGAUCAAAGGCAGUGGUUCAAGUAUUCGAGGGCACUUCCGGCAUUGAUGCGAAAAACACUCUGUGUGAAUUCACUGGUGACAUUCUUCGGACACCAGUGUCUGAGGAUAUGUUAGGCCGUGUUUUCAAUGGAUCUGGAAAGCCAAUUGAUAAAGGUCCUCCAAUUCUUGCCGAAGAUUUCUUGGACAUUGAGGGUCAACCAAUCAAUCCCUGGUCACGUAUUUAUCCCGAAGAAAUGAUUCAGACCGGUAUUUCAGCCAUUGAUGUUAUGAAUUCUAUUGCUCGUGGUCAAAAGAUACCUAUCUUCUCGGCAGCUGGUUUGCCACACAAUGAGAUUGCUGCACAAAUCUGUCGUCAAGCUGGUCUUGUCAAGGUGCCUGGAAAAUCAGUCCUGGAUUCUCACGAAGACAACUUUGCUAUUGUAUUUGCUGCCAUGGGUGUUAACAUGGAAACCGCCCGUUUCUUCAAACAGGAUUUCGAAGAAAAUGGUUCUAUGGAAAAUGUGUGCCUGUUCUUGAACUUGGCCAAUGAUCCUACCAUUGAAAGAAUCAUUACUCCACGUCUGGCUUUGACUGCAGCUGAAUUCUUAGCUUACCAAUGUGAAAAACACGUUUUAGUCAUACUUACCGACAUGUCCUCUUACGCCGAAGCUCUUCGUGAAGUAUCGGCUGCUCGAGAGGAAGUGCCGGGACGUCGUGGUUUCCCCGGUUACAUGUACACCGAUUUAGCUACGAUAUACGAACGAGCAGGUCGAGUAGAAGGUCGUAAUGGUUCUAUUACUCAAAUUCCAAUCUUAACUAUGCCAAACGACGAUAUCACUCAUCCUAUCCCCGAUUUAACUGGAUACAUUACCGAGGGACAAAUCUACGUUGAUCGUCAGCUUCACAACAGACAAAUUUAUCCACCUGUUAACGUACUCCCAUCUCUGUCUCGUUUAAUGAAGUCUGCUAUUGGCGAGGGCAUGACCCGCAAGGAUCACUCAGAUGUGUCUAAUCAAUUGUACGCUUGUUACGCCAUUGGAAAAGAUGUGCAAGCUAUGAAAGCUGUUGUCGGUGAGGAAGCUUUGACACCCGAUGAUUUGUUAUACUUGGAAUUCCUUUCUAAAUUCGAGAAGAACUUCAUCUCUCAAGGUGGUUACGAAAAUCGUACCGUUUUCGAGUCUCUGGAUAUUGGCUGGCAACUGCUGCGUAUCUUCCCCAAGGAGAUGCUCAAGCGAAUCCCAGCCAGCACUCUCGCUGAAUUCUAUCCGAGAGAUUCUCGUCAUUAA